AUAUUUAACUUGCUUUACAGCCGUUGUUUUCACUGGGCGUUUGGAUUGCGAAGUGCGAUCUGCGAACGAACGGAAGAAAAUAUUGCAUUAUCUACUUUGUUUGACCCAACACCAACAACAUGGCGAGAAAUGCAGAAAAGGCCAUGACAACUCUGGCCAGAUGGCGGAACAUGCAGAUGGAUCAAGGAAAAGUCAAGGAGAGAAGACCCUUCCUUGCUUCGGAAGAGAAUGAUUUGGGGAAAGCAGAAAAGUGGAGACACCAGAUUAUCAGAGAGGUUGCUAAGAAAGUAUCACAAAUCCAGAAUGCGGGUCUGGGUGAAUUUCGGAUACGAGACUUGAAUGAUGAAAUCAACAAGCUACUGAGGGAGAAGAAGCACUGGGAGGAAAGAAUAAAGGAGCUAGGGGGUCCUGACUAUGAAAGAGUUGGACCAAAGAUGUUGGACCAGGAGGGGAAAGAAGUCCCUGGUAAUAGAGGAUACAAAUACUUUGGAGCUGCAAAGGACCUUCCAGGAGUAAGAGAACUUUUUGAACAAGAACCCCCAGCCCCUCCCAGAAGAACAAGAGCAGAGCUGUACAAGGAGGUGGAUGCAGACUAUUAUGGGUACCGUGAUGAAGAUGAUGGUGUGCUGGUCCCACUGGAACAAGACCUGGAGAAGGAAGUUGUAGCUGAGGCUGUGGCUGAGUGGAAGUCCCAGAAGGAGGCAGGGCUGCUGAAGGAUGUUGAGGAGGAGGAGGACAUCUAUGCUGUGGAGGAGGAGUCAGAUGAGGAGGAAACAGGGGAGAGUAAAAUGGAGACAGAGGAAGGUCAGCAGCAGUUCAUUGCCCACGUACCAGUUCCCUCACAGAAGGAAGUAGAGGAGGCCCUUCUCAGAAGAAAGAAGAUGGAACUUCUACAGAAAUAUGCCAGCGACUCACUCUUGGAGCAGAGCAAGGAAGCAAAAACACUCAUGGGACUGUAAAAACCAUAGGCUAGGUGGUGUCAUGGACUGGGACAGAUAUUUUGUAAAAAUUAUUUUUAUAAUGCUCUCAUAAUGAAGUAAUAAUAUGGUGUAAUGUAGUGUACACAAAUGUGAUUAAGCAAGAAGACUUCAACUUGAAGACUGGUGCCUCAAUAAUAUUCUUGCAUGCAUAAGUACGAAAACAAACAAGAAAGACCUUUGUUACUAACCAGCAAAGUAUGUAUGACGUACUUAUGAUGUUCUAAGGUGGAAAAACAUUAGCUCUGUAUAUUGUGCUGUGGUCAACAUCCUUGAAAUGUCAGUGUUGCAAGUGGAUGCAUGUGACACUUGACAAGAAAUGUCAACAUUCCAUUUUUGUAGGAGUAAUGUUAGUAGUAGUACAUCUAGUAGUUUAUUUUGAAUAUUGACACAAAGGAGAAAACAGCAUACAGUACCCAUACCAUUAAAGAAAACGAAUGGUAUGAAUUAUCCUUGUGGUACCUUCAACUGUUCCAUAAAGUUACAAAUGUACCAGGCAGUAUUCAAAUGCCUGAAAAACUGUUCUCCUUGCAAUGUUCUCCUUAAAAUUUAACGUUACUUGUUUAUUAUUCUCUGCCAAUACAAUUGAAUGGUUACAACUGAACAGCUUGAAAGUUAUGUUAUUUACCUUUCACCUACUCAGCAAAUAGCAGAGUCCAAAGUUUCAUAUAUCUGGCCUUAACCAGGGUGCACAUUCAUGUACUUUGGUCAAUAGAUCACAUGUGAAUCUACUUGUUUUCAUACAAUGUUCACUACAGUAAAGACAUGCUUUUCAAAUUGGCAAA